UCAGACGUACACCAUCCCAGCGACCUAGCCCCAGAGAUGCCUCCGAGAGGGAAGAAGCUUUGCUGCAGCUGUGGCAAAUGGAAGCCACGGUGAAGGUCGAGAGGCUAUCUCCUCCACGAGACCGCAAGACCCGAUGUGCUUGUGGUGCGUUUGUUGGGACCACGAGCUCUCUCCAAGCGCACUGGAAGGCCCGCUCCAGCAAAGAUGACAUCGUCAAGUGCGGCUUUCGUGUACGGUUAUGGAUGGAUGGCUACUAUUAACCGUGUACAGCUUGGCUUCGAAGUCCACCUCAAGCUCUUCCGAUGUGGCUGUGGAGCCAUUUCGAAGCGGCCACGAUCUUGUGUCCCAUUUUACAUCGAAUGCCAACUCCGAUCAUGCUUCUUCCCAUGGCCUCCCAAUCCAACUCACCAGAGCGGUGCCUCUGUAACUUCUGUAUCCGGUGCCGUAUCAUCAGGGCUUGAGACGUUCAAUGUCCCCCUGGAAGGAUCUGCGAAUACGGACGUCCUUUCUGAUGCCAGAACAGCCCUGCAAUCCGCAUUAAACGUCCCACUAAUGGAAAGUCGGAACCCUUCUCGGAACUCUGAACCUCUGCCCCAGAGCGGUGAGACUCUCAUCAAAUGUCGUUGUGCGGAUCUCUUCGACAACACCCGAGCGCUCACCGCCCACCCCGAGCUCCUGGAGGAGAAUUGCCUAAGGGCCCGGGGGCGGAAAGUGAGGGUUGUCUUUCCCUUCCCUGUAAGAACCCCAAGUUCACGCCCCGCACAUUCAGAUACAAAUUAUGUUUGCACUGGCGGAUAUCUGACCGCUGACCGCUGUGACAGCAUCGACUGCCUCUCCAUGGAUCCUAUCGUCUGAAUCCCCCUCAUUUAUGUCCCAGGUAGGAUAAUCGACUGCGGACUGCUAUUGGCAAGUGGAAGCAUGCCGUUCUGAUUCAUGAGCAGGAUACCCUGCCAGCUUCUUACC